AUGGAGAGCUGGACGCGGCAGGACCAGAAGCUCCUGGAGGCGGUGACACGGGGGGACGUGGCCCGAGUGGCCGCCCUGGCCGCCCGCAAGGCCGCCCGCCCCGCCAAGCUCAACGCCAGGGGACAAUCCGCGCUCCACCUGGCUGCGGCCGAGGGUCUCACUGAGUGCCUGACGCUGCUGCUGGAGCACGGGGCCCCCGUCAACGAGACGAACGAUGACGGCAGCACUGCCCUGCACUUGGCCACCAUCGCCUGCCAGCCCCAGUGCGUGAAGGUGCUGCUGCAGCACGGAGCCAACGAGCGCCAUGCGGACGGGCAGAACCGGACACCGCUGCACUGGGCCGCCUCCUCGGGCUGCGCCUCCAGCGUCCUCCUGCUCUGUGACCACGAGGCCCCGCUGGACGUCCCCGACGCCCACGGCCGGACCCCUCUGAUGCUGGCGGCGCGGGGGAACCACGCGGCCGUUUGUGCCCAGCUCCUGCGGCGCGGGGCCGAGCCCGGGCUGGCCGACAGGGACGGCAGGACGGCGCUGGAGCUGGCGCUGGCUCACGGCAGCCUGGAAGUGGCCGAGCUGCUGCAGGGUCACCAGAGGGGCAAGGACACCGGGAAUGUCACCGGGAAUGUCACCGGGAAGGCCCCGAGCUGGGCUCUCCGGAAGGUCCCGCACUGCAGGAGGAGGGCAGAGAAUGGAGCCGGACAGGUGGGGAUCCAGGGCGAGGAGGAGGAGGAGGCUGAAGAGCAGAGGGACGGACGCGCUGCCCGGCGGCUGCGGGAGGAGCUGGCGAGGAAGACUCUGGAAUGCCGGCGGCUGGAGGAAGCUGCCGAGGGCCUCGGGAGGCGGCUGCGGGAGCUCGUGCGGCUCCUGCCGGGACGGGAUGCGGGUGAGGAAGAGGAGGAUGAGGAGGAUGACGGCGCCUGCCUGGAGCUCCUGGCCCGGCGCGUGGCGGAGCUGAGGAAGAGGACAAGGGAUGAAGAGCGGGAAGAAGGACAGGGCAGCGCCGAGGCUCCAGCGCUGAUCCCGUUCCUGGCCUGGCUGGGAGAGGAGUGCUCCAAAAUGCGGGCAGCCAAGGCCGGAGCCUUCUCCCGGAGCCAGGAGCUGCGUCGGGAAGCAGAGAAUUCCCUCCGGGACGGGGCCGUGAGCCGGAGCGCGGCCGCCUGGGAGCAGCUGGCGGCGGGGCUGGAGCAGGCGCUGGACCAGCAGGACCGAACCCACGCCAGGAUGCUCCAGGGAUCCCAAAUCCUCCUGGAAAAGCUGCGUCGGGAGCCGGCGGCGGCGUGCCGGUGCGCGGUGAACGGCACGGAGCCGGCUCGGGGCGGCAGGAACCGGGAGGAGAAUCCCAGGGAGGACGGGAGGAUGGAGAAGGAGCUGCUGGAGCUGCGGGAGGGCAACGGGAAGCUCCUGGUGGAGCUGGCGCGGCUGGGCCGGGAGCGGGAGCGGCUGCAGCGGGAGCUGCGGGAGCUGCGGGAUCCCGGGGUGCGGGACGAGGCGCGGCGGCUGCAGCGGGAGCUGCGGGAGCUGCGGGACGGGCUGGGAGCGCGGGUGCGGGAGGCGACAGGAGACGGCGGGGCCGGGAUCCUCCGCGACCUGCACCGCAGGCUGGACGCGUUGGUGCGCUCCCAGCACGAAGCCCUGCAGCUCAUCACGGAGAUGGAGGGAGAGGCCGGAGAAACCGCCGGGAGCGACGGGGAGGGCGGGACACCGGGAGAAGCGGCGGCGGGUGCCGGUGCGCCGGCGGAGCCGCCGCGCUCGGAGGUGGAGCGGUGGCGGGAGGCGGCGGCGGAGGCGGAGGAGAGGGCGGCCGGGCGGGAGCGAGAGCUGCGGGAGCUGCGGGAGACGGCGGAGGGACGGGAGCGCAGCCUGGCAGCGCUGCGGGAACGGGCGGCUCGGCUGGAGCGCGCCUGCCGGGACAAGGACGGGAAGCUGAAGCAGCUGCUGGCGGAGACGGAGAAACUCUCGGCCGAGGUGUUGGGGCUGCGGGGCCGGAGCGCCCAGCUCCAGCUCCAGCUGGAGGUCCAGCAGAAGCAGCACCGGGACACCGUGGCCGUGUACCGGAGCCACCUCCUGCAGGCUGCCCAGGGAUUCAUGGACGAGGGCGUCCACGCCGCGCUGCUGCGGAUCCUGCGGGCCGAGGCGGGAGCGGGGCCGUGGCAUUAAACCGGGAGACCGCGGCACACACGUGGCCUGUGUCCAUUCCUUACCCCACUGUGUCCCAUUCCUUACCCCACUGUGUCCCAUUCCUUAUCCCACUGUGUCCAUUCCUUAUCCCACUGUGUCCCAUU